AUGGACGCGCCGGAGGUAGAAGAGGAGGAGGGUCGACGGUGGGAUCCAACUACCUUAACCGCCGUGGUAGUUGGCGCGGGCCCCACAGGGGCCCUUGCGGCGCACUACCUGGCCAUGCGCGGCUACAAAGUUGAAGUGUACGACAAGGGGGCAAGACCGUCCCCCGGCGAUGCCGCCAGCGUGCCGCUUGUGCUCACCAGCCGUGGCGCCAUUGCAUUUGAGGAGCUGGGUCUGGAUGGUCAACGGCGCGUCGGGCCCACUGCCACCCCGCUGCGUGGCGUGUGGGAUAUGGUGGGGAGGAGGCUGCGGCCCCUGGACUCGAGCAGUGCCUUCCGACGGACCUUUGUGACUGACAGAUCGGGCCUAGCUGCUGACGUCAUCAGAGCCGCAGAGCAGCGCUACCCCAACACAGUCCGCUUCCACUUCAACACCGAGCUAACUCGCGCGGAGCUUAAAAACCGAGUUGCGGGUGCACGACCAAGUACAUCGGAACCCGCUGACGCGGCUGACGUGAACGCGAGCGCGGAGAUCGAUGUGCCGUACGAUCUGCUUGUGGGCGCGGACGGGCUAGAAAGCACUGUGCGCCGGAUUCUCAAGGCGAAGGUCAAGGACUUCGGUGUGAUCCGGCCCGUGGAGGAGACUGCGGGUUACAGGGCGGUCAGCCGCCUGCCCCGACCCUCCAGGGAGCCCCUGACGGGGUUUUACACGCACCGGCCACAGGAGUACGUGUACGACUGGUCAGCGCCCGGGAAGCCGUCGGUACGGCUGUAUAUAGACAUAGAUGGCAGCGUCGGGGGUUUGGUUUCGGGGCUCCGGAGAUGGGAUGACGCGGCGGCGGCAGCCGCGGAGCUUCAGGCGGCCUACCCGGAUAGCUUUCCGGAGGAGUGGGCGGCGGCUGUUGGGCAGCAGGUGUCCUCACCCGCCCUCGGGGAGCCCCGCCAUGCUGCCAUCUUGCAGUGCAGCCAGUUCUACGGACCCCGGACGGUGCUGCUGGGGGAUGCGGCACAUGCGGUGACGGGCGCCAGCGGACCCAUGGGUCUGGGCCAGGGACCCAGUGCGGCUGUGGAAAGCGUGCGGACGCUGGCGCUGGUGCUGCGCGGCGCGCAGGACGAUCUGGACAAGGUCCCUGAGGUGUACUCCAAUGUGCGGGGAGAUGCGGUGAUGGCCAUGCAGAUGUUGGAGUUCAUGGAGUUGACUCGGGACUCGGAGCGAGCACGGCGACUCAAAUUUGCUUCCUGGUGGUUUGCCUGGAGCGCCUUCGUGACACAGGGCUUCCGGUGGCUAGCCGAGACGGUGGGCGGUUUACUGUCAGCUGUGAUGCCCAAGACCUUCCUUUCCGCGCCCCAGGUAUUGGCCCGACUGGAGGACCGGCGCAUCGGCUACAGCGAGGUCAUCAAGAUGCUGCAGGGCUACGCCUCGCCCGUGGUUGCGUUGCUCCUGGGCGCCAUCUUCGUGGGACUGUUCAUGGCCUUCAACCGUGCACUGGCGUAG